AUGGUAUGGUCAAGCGCAGUUAUUCCGAAUCAAGUGCACGUGAAGAUUCGCAAGGUGCAGUCUUCUUCGGACCAUGGCCACGUCCGAUCGCGAACUCGAAGUCAGUCGACGGAACGUCGCCAUCAUAGAAGGCCUGCACCAAGUGAAAAUGUAUUCAUGGAUUACGGUGGUUACUUUACCCAGCAAGCGUCCGGUAUAGAUGGUUCAAAUCCGUUCCAACUCAACCCUAACUUCAAUCUUAACAACACCGCCGGUUACAGUAAUGGGGCUCAGACGCAGAUCUACAGCCAGUAUGCGAAUCCGUACCUAGCUGCCGAUCGCUUCAAGGCGACUUCAUCCACGCAACAGAAUGCCUAUCGACAGAGCACGCACGACUCCCUACAGGCGUUCUUCAACACUGGUCUUCAAUAUCAGCUGUAUCAGAAAUCAUCGCUUAUGGGAGCAGCUGAAGGUCGAAGUGCCACAAGUGGGAUAAUGGCCGGCAUUCCUGGUUCAUCUCUAGUUGGCGCCCUGUGUGGGAACCCAUCAGAGCGACGUAAGCAGCGACGAAUUCGGACGACGUUCACGUCUGGUCAGCUGAAGGAGUUGGAGCGGAGUUUCCUGGAGAGCCACUACCCGGAUAUCUACACCCGGGAGGAUAUUGCUAUGAGGAUUGAUCUAACCGAAGCCAGAGUUCAGGUGUGGUUCCAAAACAGACGCGCCAAAUACAGGAAGCAGGAGAAACAACGGCGAGCAAAAGAGGAAGGUGAAGACACCGAGAAAAAGUCGGAAGUUGACGACAAAGCUGCCAGCAGUGAAGCUCUAUCCGAUCUUGUCGACCAAUAA